AAGAGCGGUCAAUUUCAGGGACACACGUAGCCUACAGUAUAACAUAGUUGGUUUGAUGAUCAGAUAGUUCCAUUGUAAUUGUCAGACAAAAAGAUAUGAUGUGAUUGAAAUUUUUACCAUUCACUGGUUCUUCAAGUAUUUUGUUAGUAAUCUGCGUGUCGCCAAAACUUAUUUAUUUGUUUUUAGCAUGCGCCUCGAUAUAUCAACAAUGUGUUGUUCAUUUGUGCAUGUUUUAUAUAAAGCACCUAUUUUGUAAUGUGUAACUUCUACAUGGUUACAACGUUUUGUCAUGGGUGUUAAUACUUGGAGAAUAUUGAUAGUCCUCAUAAUAACAUAUGAAGUAGAUCUAACAGUUGGAAAGAGUUGCCACUACAACAACCUACAUGCAUUAUAUGGAUGGACAUUGGUGAAGAGUCCUGGAUAUCCAAGAAAAUUUCCAUCUCAGACACAGUGCUGGUGGAAAAUAUCUGCUCCGCCUCAAUAUAAAAUCCAAUUGGAGCUUACUGACUUUGCAUUGGUGGAACCAAAUUCACAAAAUAGAUGCAUUUGGCAGUGGUUGAAUGUUGUAGAUGGAACAAUUAAAGAAGGCGAAGAUGAAACAGGACCAGGUCAACCGCCCAUGUUAACUUUAUGUGGAACUAAUCGCCCAAGAAUCGUCAUAUCGAGUGGUAAUACUUUGAGAUUAAAUUUGCACUCUAACGCUGCUGCAGCGUCAUCUUCAUACAGAGGAUUUUCAGCAAGAUAUAAAUACACAACUGACGCCGCGUUUAUGCCAUCAAGCAUGUCGAAUCUUUUACCGAGUUCUGCUGCUUCUCCUGGCAAGCCCCCUGCCGCACCGGCAUCAUCUUCAGGAAUUCGAUCCAUAGGAGAUGUCAUAGCACCAUUUGCUAAAUCAAGGCCUCUUCCACCCAACCCUAAUGCCGUGUUGACGCUUAAGAAUCGAAGAACCGAAGCUAAAAAUCGAGCAAGGAACGAAGCUGAAAAUAGCCAUAAUAAUAACGGCCCAGUUUACUAUAGUGGAGGUAGAAAUCCAUCGCAAUAUGAAAAACCGGCAACAAGGAUUAUUCCAACAUUGGCAAAUAAUAUUAUACAACAAGAUGAACUGCCAUCUCGAAGAAGUAAACCGCUUCCUCACGAAAUCAAAAUUUUGUUGGCUGUUCUUGGAACUGUAGGUGCAAUAGCCUUGGUAUUAUAUCUGCUGAAAAGAAUUUUUUAUGAUAAGGCUCAUAAAAAAAGUUCCGGCAAAAUAAUGCACGCGUAUGCUCACUUUCGACAUUUCAAAAAGAAGAGAAAAAAUAAAAAGGACGAAGAGGAAGGCGAUAGGAAAGUAAAUACAAUCUCAGCUAGCAUUGCUGAAAGUACUAGCGGAACAUUGAGAACGAGAGAUUCCGAAGUAGCAAGCUCCAAUGAAAACUAUGGUAAAGACCAACAUACCGUGAUGCAUCCGCGGCGGACCCAUCCACAGCAAUCGGAAAUCACUGAAAAUUCUAACAACGACAAAUCAAGAAAAGAUGUCGAGGCUGUACAAGUUGCAGUACCUACAUCUAACGACAGACACCGUGAAAAUGAGCACAAGCGCAAGUCGGGCAGUAGGCGGCAACUUCACGAACGCGACAACAGAGAGCGGGAAGAAUCCAAUUCUUCGUCUAACCAUGGGUAUCAUGAGCAACACGAAAGAAGAAGGCGAAGAACACGUCGUCGUGAAGUACCGAACGAUACUGUUCCAACCGAAAAUAACUCGAAACCAAAACAAAGUCGGUCUGGCCAAGGCAGAAGAGAACAGGGAAAGGAGAGUAUAACCAUAGAAAAAAAUGAUAGGGGACAACAACGCCGGGCACAAACUGGAACGCGUGGAUCCAGGAAUCCCCAUCCUGAAAAACGAAGUAGAAGACAUCAUACUAAAUCGUUUUCAGAUAAAAGUCAAAACCGGCGCAAUAUUUCAGACUAUUCCAGCGACGAUAAACCAAACAGUUCUAAUAAAAAAUCAUGGAGGGAUAGAGCUUACUCGUGAUCGCUCUCCAAAUAUUUGUAUAAAACAGAAACUUGAAUACAAGGUAUAUCAUGCACGCACAAUUUAUUUUUUAUUUUUUUGCGCUUGAUGAUGCUGCAAAAAGUUGACAGUAUGCUAUUAUCAUUUUUUAGAAACAUCCAAAGAGCAAAAACAUGGAACUGACAUAAUGACAGUUUUUAAUUAUCUUCUACGUGCAUACGUACUAUUUAAAAUGUACAAAUUUUAAAAAGCGAUUUCCUUAAAUCUGUCAAUAUGUAUGAAAUAAUACUGAAUGUCACGUCAAGUUUUCUGUACGUAAUAGUCGUGGUCGACAUUAAUAAUUUUGAGAAUAUUUUCUGUCAAAGCACUCUAAGGGUACAUUUCAAGGUUCAUAUAACACCAACAAAAAAAUUGAGAUUUCUUCGCAGAUAUCCUACUGCUUGGCAUGGUAUAAAUAUAAUACAAAGGAACCAUUUAGCUAGAUUUAUUCAAAUUUGUUGAAAAUGUAAAAUCUUUCAGUCUUUUUUUUCCAAAUUUAAUGAAGCAAAGCAUUCUUAACUGCAUUUUUUUAAAUAGAGCAUAGGUUACUGGAUGUUCAGAAUUCAUACGAUUGUUGCGAAUCUCCUUUUUUAAUCAUAAUAGGGUACAGACUACCGAGUAUGUUUAGUCGGCUGUUUAUCAGAUUACAAACAUUUUUCGUAAUAUCGUAAGUGACUUACCGAACUCUAUUUCCCAAAUUUAUCAAAAUCAUUCUACCCCGAAAAGUUUUCAAUUGACCACUCUACUUGGUUGACCACUGCCCCUUAUCCUUCUAAAAUCACUAAAAACCAUUCUCAACGAAAUUUCUACCAAAAAAGUUUUUUCAAAGAUUUCUGUCAUGCAAUGCAGUUGAGUUGCUGUUGAUAAUUACUGGAAAGAAGGAGGAGCAUUAGCUAAGUUUAGGACCCGAAUAGUUUGACCACCCUGCCAAAAAUCAAGCGCUAUCCUGCAUUAAAACUAGGAAUAUUGUAUAAAGAUUUGAUACGACUAAGGAACUAUUUGUAGGCAUCACUACGAUUAGAGUUUUAAAAAUUGGACAAUAUUCGAUUUCACUUAUGAAAUUGUGUCAUAUUCGUAACCAAGUGCUGCCAAUAUUUAGUCAACUUAUAUUCAUGACCAACGACGUUUUGAUGCCAUUUCGACCGCAUUGAAAUCGAACCUUUCAGCUAUAUCGCACUUAUGAGAAAAGUAUGUAAAAAUGUUAUAUAUCAUUUUUUUGAAAAUAACUGAAUUUAAGCAAUAGAUAUAUAUUAUAUUUGUAUACAAAAUCGCUCCCGGAAAAAAGUUUAACGAAUUUUUCACCAACAGUUAAUUCAAAAUAUUGCAAUAAUUUUGCAUGCUCAAUUCUUUAUGAGAUCUCAUAUUCAAAUAUUAUAAUCAAUUUCUUAUCUAUAUAUUCAAAAUUCCACCCGCAUAGGAACGGACAAUUUAUUUUUUGUUGAACCGUCCGGCAAAUGCGGUUGGUGGCGCGAUAAUUGACUCUAGGAGACAAAGCCGCCUCCUAUUAUUUAAGUUGGGAUGGUUCAUGGACAAUUAUUUACAACCAUGAUAUUAGUUUUAUUAAGGCAACACUAAAGACAUAAAAACAUGUUGACUUAUGUGGGCUGGUAUAUAUACUUUGCUGUUAUUUAUUGAAUUUGUAAAAAUAA